AUGAUGAAACAAGUAUUUGUACCUCGUGCUACAUUUCCUGUGUAUAGAAUGCCGAUCACCGAUUACCAAGUCCUCCACGUGAACGCUAUUACGCGAAUACGCCAUCUUCUUCCUCAAAUGAACUUGAUUCUAGAAGUAAGAGAUAGCAGGGCUCCGCUAAGCACCAGCAAUAUACUACUUGAGCAUAUUAAACGGCGUUUUAACUGUGAACGCCUUAUUAUUUAUUCAAAGCAGGAUAAGUGCCCUAAACAAACACUUAACACCCUUCGCGCUUGGCAUAAAGCAUCAGGUGAUGAAUUUAUGAUGAUUGACUGCGCAAAUACCCGGGAUAUAAAAGCGCUUAAUGAAGUGCUGAAGAACAAAUAUGAUAUUUGUGCUGGCUUAAAUAACAAGGGACCUCCUCUAGGUUACCGCGUUCUUGUUGCAGGAAUGCCAAAUGUAGGUAAGUCUACACUGAUAAACUCACUUCGUUCACUACAAGACCCAUCGAUGAAAAGAAAAGUCGCUAAGACUGGUGGUCUCCCAGGUGUGACCAGGUCCACUAGUGAAUGCAUUCGUGUAUCUGAUCACAAAGCUGGGAUCCUUAUUCAUGAUACACCUGGCAUCACAUUACCCGGGCAUCUAUCUACUCCGAAACGAGUGCUUGCAUUACUGCUUGCAGGCUGUAUACCAUCAUCCUUAGUCAUGCCCUACAUCCAAGCAGACUAUUUAUUAUAUCUCAUCAACCUUCAGCAGAAUGGCAAAGCUCCAUAUGGAAAGUAUACAAAUGGAAGGCCAACCAAUGAUUUGGAUUUCGUGUUAAGUGGUUUAAAGAAAGCUCGAGGCAUUUCAAAUGAUUCUACGGCAGCUGAACACUGGAUUUCUGAAUUUCGAAAUGUGAAGAAUAAUUCAAUACCUAUCACAUUUGAUUUGGAGACCCUUUUGCCCAGCUCAGCAUUCUCCUACCUGGAACACUUGUCCUUUCAGUUAAAGGCAUCUAGCAGAUUUUUAGACUCCAUAACUAUUCCACCUGAUAUGAAAAAGAGUGGAAAGCUUGCUCGAAACAGUAACCAGCUUUUUGGUAUCUAA